AUGAUUUCCGUCAAGGUGGUGGAUAAAAGGGGUAAAGGCAAACAAGAGUGGCUCCGCCAGGCCAUUGAAUGGGCUACCAAUGACGCUAUUGCGAAGGGUGUCGCGGAAAAGAGCGUCAUCAACAUAUCUCUCGGUUGGAAGUACAGUGCCACGACUAACCACGCUGUGAAGAAAGCUACGAAUGCUGGUAUCACGGUGGUUGUUUCAGCGGGUAAUCAGAGUAAGCCCGCUUCCACCUAUUCCCCUGCCUCAGCCAGUACUGCCAUCACAGUCGCUGCGAGUGGCCCCGAUAACCGCCGUGCUCCGUUCUCCAACUACAGCCUUUGCGUUAAUAUAUUCGCUCCGGGCACUCGUGUCCCUACUGUUCCGAGCUCAGUCGAUAAUGGACCUCAGUAUAGUUCUGGCACGAGUCCGGCAGCAGCGCAGGUAUCGGGUCUAGCUGCGCAUUUCAUUUCCAGCGAGAACUUGAGGGGUUUCAAGGCUGUGAGGAAGCGGAUUAUGCGUGCGAGUUUGAACGGGGUGAUAAAAGAUAGGCGUUGGAGCAGGAACCGUCUUGCAUUUACCGGUGUGUCAAGGGAUUGA